AUGUCUAAUGAUAACACGGUACCAGACAAUAAACCAGAAACACUAGCAUCAAUUUUUGAGUAUUUGCACCAAGAGAAGAUUAUUAGUCCAGAUGAAAGAAGCACUCAAGAUGAAAUACUUAAAGAUUGUCAACAGUUUAUGGGAAACAACUCAAGCAAAAAGCUUAAUUGGCGGCAAUUGGCAGAAUGUUUUGAAGAUGUAUUUGCAAAGUAUACUACAGAAACUAGUGAAUUAAAAGAACAGAUUGAAGAACUAGUACAACAACGAAAAAUGCUAUUUGAAUGUUAUGAAAAACUUGAUCAAGAAAGGGCUAAAGCUCGUAUUGAAAAAUCAUUGAGUUGGAUAAUUACCAAAGAGGGCAAUUUAGCAAAAUUUAAAUCUGCAGCAAAUACUUUGUUACAAAACACAGACUCAGAAAGCAAACCAGCAAGGGAAGAGAUACCUUAG